AGUCACAUGUUGAGAGCCCUGUAAAUCCUCAUGCACUGCGCUGUAAUGAGGUUUUUAGUGUUGCAUUCAUUUUAUCUGUAACUUUCAUGUCCGAUCGCAUCUCAUGUAUACAGCGGAGAUUCGAGAGUGACUUGGUCCUUAUCAAGUAGACAGCCCCAAGGUUAGGUGUGUAAGCUACCCCUGUCAACCAAAAGGAUGAUGCUAUAAUCUUCUAAAUGGGGAUACUAAACGUCAUUAUUUGCACUAGGAAUUCUGUUAAGGAACUGGAAAUUCUGAUAAUGCAAGUUAAAGUUUCAACCUUCUGUAUUAUUAAAUUAUUACUGGAGCGACGAAUUGCGUUCACAGUUCGAAUCUUGAAAAGUCUAGGAAAGAUACGUGUUAAAGUCUAAAGGUGAUGCUGCGAAUAAAAACGAGGAAAGCAUUUCUACACACGCACGACAUUUUCGCUUGCCGAUCCAGGCAGCGAGCAACUAAAUGCUCGAGGAUUCGAUCCUUUGACCUGCCUGUUCGCAAUUCUAAAGAUUUUACUUCAUAGUCCGCAUAGGCUGGACCGCAGGUUCAGUGCAGUGAUGCAGGUGCUUCCUUUUGCUUUUAUAUCAAGUGAAAUUCCAGCAUUUUUUAGAAUUUAGAGGGACACGGUGUUAAGCUGACUUCAAAACCCAGUGGGAUACACACCAGCAAAUUUUUAAUAGGAGCAGACUUAUUACACGUGGUCGCUUCAAAUUACUUCUUACUGUAAAACAAUGAAAAACGUCAGGUUGCAAGGUGCCAGUAGUCCUUCACAUUCUUGGUGGUGGGAUAGCCACGUGAGUCCAAGGCACUCAAAAUGGCUCAAGGAAAACUUAGAAGAUAUGGAUAUAAAAGUAAAAGAUAUGUUGACACUCAUAGAAGAGGAUGCAGACUCAUUUGCCAAGCGUGCAGAGAUGUACUAUAAGAAGCGACCAGAACUUAUCAGCCUAGUUGAAGAAUUCUACAGGGCUUAUCGUGCUUUAGCAGAAAGAUAUGAUCACAUUAGUGGGGAGCUGCAUCAUGCACAAUGUAGCAUGGGAGAUGCAUUACCAAGCCAGCCACAUGAUGGAAUGGAGAGCAUUUCCCCACAAGAUUCUCUUUUAAACAGACACAAUCAGUUUCAUACAAUGAAAGAACUUGAAGAAUUUCAAUGUGUCAUGAAAGAUACAGAUCAUGAAUAUCUGGAAAACAAGGAAACUGAAUAUGCUCCAGCUUGCUUGAAAGAAAUGGAAAACCAAAUUUUAAAUGCAAAAAAUGAGCCUGGUAAAAGUGCAGAAGUAUUGGAACCACAAAGUGAUUCUAAUAAAUUAAUUGAAUUGCAGAGAGAAAUUUUCAGUUUGCAUCAAGAGAAAGAAAUAUUGAAACGAGAACGUGAAAAAGGAGCUCAAAAAUUCAGAGUUGUGGAGGAACAGCUAUUGCAAAUGCAAGAAGAGCUACAUCAUGCUCAGGAAGAGAGUCACAAACUUGUUGAAAAUUCACCAUCACAUGUGGCACGGAUCAAUGAACUUGAGGAGCAAGUGACCUUGCUUAAGCAACAGACUAGUGAGCAUGUAGAGGAAACAGAGGCCUUGAGGCAUAAGCUACAGUCUGAAACUCAGGAGAAUAAGAAACUUAUCAUGAAAAUACAGAGUUUGGAAAUAAAGUUGAACAAGGCAGAGAGACAAACUACCCAAAUUGAAGCAAACCAUGAAUGUUCAAGUCCUGAUCAUGGAAAUAAAGGGAACAAUUUUUCAAAUCUACAAGAUGAAAUUUUUAAGUUACAUCAUGACAAUCAUAAUCUCAGGAUGCAAGUUAUGACAGGUGUACAACAGUUGCAAAAUGCCAAUGAUGAAAUCCAGAAAUUGCAUCAGGCACUUCUAAAAUCACAAACAGAAAAUGAUAAUAUGAUUUUUCAAUAUCAACAAAGUUUGAAAUUGUAUGAAUCAGCUGAAAAACGGGCAAGGGACCUGCAGAUAAAAAUGGCUCUUGUGCAAGAGGAAAACAGAAGAAUCAAAGAUGAAAUUGUAGGGGGAGUUUUGCGCACAAAGAUUACAGAAGGUGGACACAACUUGGAGAGAGAGACUAUCUCUUUCCAACCAAAUUAUUGGCAUCAAAUCCAGCGGACAGAUUUUUUACAAGGACUCAGAGGAAAGCAGGAUGUAGAACAGAAUCCUGGUAUGAAAAUUCUAGAUGAAACUUCCCAGGUAUUUAAUUUUGAUGUUUUUCUUAAAAAUUGUCAACAGUCAUUGAGUCAAUCACAAGAACAACAAAAUAAGUUGUCAGAAGAACUUCAAAAAGGGAAUGAGAGACUGAAGAAUGCUGACAAUAGAAUAAAACUUCUGGAGGAAGAGAUAAAUAUUUUGCAAAGGGAAAAUGACAAUAUUACACAGAAAUCAUCAUCUGCAGUCAUAACUGUUAAAAAUUUAGAACAGGAUGUCUACAAUUUGAAACAGGAGAGAAACAAUUUAUUGAAUGAGGUUGCAUUUCGGGUGGACCAGAGGGAUGCACUACAACAAGAACUUUAUUGCUUGAAAGAAGAUAGAAAUGAUCUGGACAGAAAGUUUCAGGUGAUCCUGAAACAAUUAGAGUCAUUGGGACUGGAUGUAGACAGUCUUAACAAAGUUUUUGUUAGUUUGGAAAAUACUAAACAGAAGCUGCGUGAUUAUGGGCAAAUAGGAGAUGAUGAAAAUGUGACUAUCCCUCAAAUUCUCUUGAAAAUGGAGGAGCUCCUACAGAAAAUUGAAACCCUGGAAAAUUCUGUUAUGUCUCAUCAACUAGGAGCAGAUAGGUUUAAAUUCACAAUGAAACUUCUGGAGCAACAUAUUGAUGGUUUACAGAAAGAGAAAUCAGAACUUAUGGAUGAAUCUAAAAGAUGGAACAGUCAAAUCAGAGAUCUAGAAGCAAAACUGGACACUGUCAACAAUCUUUAUUCCCAACUGCAAAGAGAGAGCCAGCAAAACAAGGAUAAAUUGGCAGAUGCACUGGGGUCCGUGGAGCACCUUGAAGAGAAAAGGUGCAGUUUGCAAGGAGAGAAAGAAGCACUCAGAAAAGAAAUUAUGGAAUGCACCCUGCAGAUGAGUUACUCACAAAAACAGGUUGAUUUGCUGGAAGGAGAAGUUAAAGAUCUCAGAAGUAAACUAGAGGAAGAGAUUGAUAAGGAACAAAUAUUAGAGAUUGAAAUAAAAAAGUUACAACAAAUAAUUUGUGAAAUUGAAAACAGAAAUCAGACCUUGUCAGAUGACUAUUAUAGACUAAAUGUAACUUAUGGUGCUGCCAAGAAAAAGGUGAAAGAAAUGGAAGAAAUAAAUUUUAAACAGCAAACAGAAAACGAUAUGGUGCUACAUAAAUUCUCAUCCAUAAAUGAAUUCAAAAGAGAUCUGGAACUAGAGAUUGAAAAUCUUCAAAUGCUCCUUGGUAUACCAUAUAAUGUUGAAGAAAAAAUUGGGAAUGCUGGUGUAGAUGGCACAGAAAUUCUUCAACGUAUAGAGGGAGAAGUCAAAAACCUGCAAAAAGAACUGUCACAUUUUCAAGAGGAAAAUGAGAUGUUUCUAAAUGAUUCAUUGGCAAAGACUACACAACUAGAACAACUUCAAAAGGAUAUUUCUGUUCUUUGUUCUGAAAAAGAAUCCAUCAAGAAGGAAGCUGCCCUUGGGCUUGAUAAUUUAUUGUGUCUGCAGAAAGAAAAAUCUCAAUUGCAGGAGGAAAUCAGAUCCCUGAAUAUAAAUUUAGAGGCUGCAACAGAGAGUGGGAAAAAUCUGAAUUCAGAAGUUCUGAGUUUACAACAAUCUUGGACAAGUUCAAUUAGUGAAUGUUUGGCAUUAGAAUGCAAUUAUCAGACAUUACUUGAAGAAUACAACUCCACUCAGACAUGGCUUGAAGAAUCAGAAAGCAAACUUUUGGAAAUGGAACAUGAAAAUCAGACUUUUCUCAUUGAAGCAUUGUCACAAGUUAGUCUUCUUGGUGUGCUUGAAAGUAUGAUCGUUGAGAAGGAUGUUCAUAUGCAGCUCAUGGGACAAAUAAACAACUUCCAGGAAAAAGAUGCAAAACUUGAAUAUUGGCUGCAAAGUUGUUGUUUAAAACCACAGAUGCAAGAAGUUGAGAUCUUAUCGCAUCAGGAGUUGAUAUGUGGAUUUCAGAAAGAAGAGGAAGAGAUGGUCCAGGGUGCACCUAAUAUGGCUAAUGGACUAGAUGAAAAUUCAUAUUUGUAUGAUCAAAAGGUGUCUGAUCAUGACAAAGGAAGGGUUGAAAGUCUUGGCGAAUUUUGCCAGGAAGGAACAGUUCAAGACAGAUACAGACAAUUGGUGAAAUCUUUUUCAUAUGUCCAACCAGAUAAUGAAACUCUUGAAAUGAAAGAGAAUGAGUUUCAGCAAAAAGUAUCUACAAUGACAGAAGACAAGCUUAAAGUAGAUGGCAUUUUGGACAGGUUACAUGGAGAGCAAGAGAGAGAAGAUGAUAAGAUAAUGUGUAGCACCAAUCAGACAGGGGAGUCAUGGGCAAUGUCAGAAGAACUCCAAGAACAAAGAAGGGAAUACAGAAAGGAAAGACACAAUGUUCAGGACUUGGCUGUUAGUUCUAAGACAUUCUAUAGAUCUCCACAAUCUUCCCCAUCAAUGACAUAUUUUGAAGAUGAACAGUGGAAACUCCUUGAUGAAAAUGAGAAUCAUAAACUGAGGGCAUGUGAGUGUAAUGAAGGGAUUGUUUCUUUAGAAAACGAAAGGGGCAAGCAAGUGGAAGUACUGAAGGCUGCAGAGAAUAGAGAGUUGGAGAUAGUGUGCUAUGAUUUGGAAGAAGGUAAGAGAAUAAGAGGAGCCCAAAAAUCAUCCAUCCUUACAAGCAGCAGGAAGGAAGAUAUGUGUACCUUCAGGGAAGAAGGCACAAAUCUUUUGUCUCAAAUGGAGGUUCAGAAGACUAAUAUCCAGAAAUGGCAGGGCCACUGGCGGAGGCGAUUAGAGGCUGAUGUAAGCGUUUUCCAACAAGGAGACACAGGAAUGAAUCAUGACGUAGAAUCUCAAGCUCAAAACAUGCUCAAGAGGCAGUCAGAUAUUUCUCCAAUACGGCUACUCACAAAUGAAAAAGAAGAAAUAAGCCAACCUUUGAAAGAUGAAUGUCAACACAGAAUUAAAGAAAUCUGUGAUGAUGGAGCCAGCUCAGAGCACAUAGAAAACAAUAAUAUGCAAAUGGAACCGAGAUGUAAGAUUCUUCAGAUUCACAAGGAAAGGAUGCCCAAAGAUGAUUUGCAGUCUAAGCUGUCUGAUACGGAUGUUUUAAAUAUAAAGUUUGGAGAAAUAAAAGAAACUGAAACACAAAAGUUGGGAACAAAGUCCGAGGAGACAUUGUCGCCAGUGCCCGAAGUUGUGCGUGGGCCAGGAGCUAAAAGUGAGGCACAGGAUAUGCAAUCACAGAUUUCAGAAUUACAGAAUUUAGUGAAAGGUUUGCAGGAAGAAAAUAAUGAACUGAAAUGCCCAGGAUGGAAGAACAGUGCAGUUUGCAGCAUAAUGGGAAAAGAAUAUCCACAAGUUACAAACAAAAAUUUAAAAUUUACGCUUGUAGAAGGGCCCUCAGAUGAUCAAGAAGAAAAGGAGGUUCGUCUUGAGGAAGUAUGGAGUACUCAAAGUAUCCAAGAGAAAGUCAGGCAUGAUAUGUAUCAUUUGCAGGAACAAAACCAAAAGCUUUGGACCCGUUUUGACUCUGCAACUCAACAAAUUCACAAGCUCCAGAUUACUUUCCAAGAAUUACAAGAAAAGUUAUUGAAAACAAGGAAAGAUAAUAAGAAAGGUAAAGCUGAUGGACAAACAGAAAAAGAAAAUAAUGCCAUUGAGAAGCAGUUUCGAGAGUUGCAAGAUGAACUUCUUCUCUGGUUGGAAUGUAAUGGAAUGCUGACUAAAGAGGUGCAAAAUAAGCUUGUCUCUGCUAAUAAAUUACAGGCAGAACUUGAUGCUGAAGGAGGUCACUUAACAGAGGAAAGUGAAGAUACAGAGUUUGUCUUUAGCCAGGGAGCAAACACGCAAAAAGAACUGUUAAGCAUCCAAGAACAAACCAGCAAAAUUGCAGAUGUGCUACGGGCAGGAUCAGAUCAAGCGCGUGGGUUGGAAUUUGAGGUGGAAAAGAUUCUACUGAAGUUUCAAGGUGAUACAAAAAUAUCAAUGGCUGAACGACACAAGAAGGCAUAUAUUCCAAGAGUAAGAACCUCAUUAAGGGUGUUCCUCUUUGGAAAAGAAGAGCAUAGGCAGAAGCAACUAGUUGGUUGUGCAUGUAUGCAACCUGUCACUAAUGAAUAAAUUGCAGCACACAAAGUUCUGCCCUGAUAACCAUUUCCAAAAUUUUGACAUCUAUAAGGAGCAAUUGUAUGACGUUGGUGAGUCCUGAGUCCACACUUGUGGAUGUCAAAACUUAUUACUAGGAUUUGGGACUUCGCACAGCGACCUAAGGGCGUGUUUGGAUGGAUUCAAUGUCAGUGUGAAGCUAUCACCAAUGCUACUUCCUUUCUCAGGAAUUAUGGUUGAGGUUAUCAGAAUAUCAACACAAAUGCUGCAGGGACAAAUGGAAUGUGGAAUUCUGAACAGAAAUGGUGUACAUAUUCCAUGAGACAUUUUUUAGCCUCGGCAAACUGAAAGGCUAAAUGAAAAAAUAUUGCAGUCAUUUGAAUGGGACUUCGUUUUGUAAAUAAAAGGAGGCAGUUUUCUUGGAAGGCAAAGUUUGUAUGCCUUGGCUUAUCUGCCGAAGUUCUACCAUCUAUGAUCGUUCUCUCACUUUCGAGGUGAUACUAUACUAUGUACAUAUGAAUUUGUUUCAGUUCAUGCAAUUUUUUUUAA